CUCCGCUAUUAUAGCGAGCAUUGAGUGAAACACAUGUCUCAACACAACUGAACGCUUCUCUCAAUACUUUCACUCAUUUAAGGCAUACUUUACCAGACAUUGAGACACAAAACGCAGUGAUGUCUUCAAACCAAGAGGUCUACACCAAUGGUUUCUCGGACCACAACGGAACCAACGGAACCAAUGGCACCAAUGGUACCAAUGGUCACCACUUCGACACAUUCCUCUUCAGCUCUGAGUCUGUAGGCGAAGGACAUCCCGACAAAAUGUGUGACCAAAUAAGUGAUGCCAUUCUUGACGCACAUCUGGCAGUGGAUCCCGACUCGAAAGUGGCCGCAGAGACCGCCACCAAAGGCGACCUCAUCAUCAUCUUAGGCGAGAUCAGCUCCAAAGCCAAGGUUGACAUCGAGGCUGUGGUCAGAGAGACGGUGAAGAAGAUUGGUUACGAUGACAUCUCCAAAGGUUUGAUCCGUUGA